AUGGAAUCUUCAGCUGCCGCCGCCUGGGCCGCGACUUUGAACGAGCUGGACUUGGUUACCUACCUGGAGGCCUUGAUCGCUGAGAGGGAGUUCAGGCCCCUUGCGGCAAUCCAGCAUGCCAUCGACGGUGCCAUCGCCGCCUUCUUCUCGAUCGUCGAGAUGGUCACGAGAUUCGAAAACGAGGACAUAUUUCUUGACGGGCCCAGACCCUCAGGUCCUUGCCUCCUCACUUGGCAUCGCAUGGCGGCCAUGAAUCGAGUUGAUUUGCAGGCUGAUGACAAAGGACUCAAGACCUGUUUCACAGCAUGCAACGUCUUGCCUGAGUGGCAAGCCGCCAUCGUGGCUCAACAUCAAAUCGAGACCCUCGACGACUUCAUCUUCAUGAUCAACAAGAAGGAGUGGGAGAGUUCGGUGGCGGCAUUUUGUCAGGAGGUCCCGUCCAUCAAAGACAACAGACUGGCCCUCGCGAGAGUGAAAGCGGCGUGGCAGGCGGGUUCAGUGGCCAUCGAAUCUUCGCAACAGUCCGCCAUCAAGCAUCAGGGGGACCUUGACCUUGAUGACCCUCUUCCCGAGGCUACCAUGCAGACUCUUCAGAGUGAUUGGAAGCGCACUUAUUCGUUCAUCAUCGAACCGCACUUGGAACCUGCCGAUAGCCUGAGAGGCAGAGUACACCGCGAAUUCAAACGCAGAAGCAUGUCCGUGCUUGAUGCGAGGAAAAUCAAGACAGUUGUCAGUCAAUCGAUGCCGUCACGCGAGGAGAACAUCACCCUCAACAACGGCGUCGUCCUACAGAUGCACAAAGAGCACCUUGCCCCCUUGCGCAGCGCGGUGGAGUACUAUUGGAGGCUUCGCACGCUCGCCUACGCGUGGGCUUGGGGCGGCAACUUUAUGUGCAAGGACAGCGACGGCGUCGAGAAAAGGAUGAUUGACUUGACCGAGUGUCUGGAUUACGCCGACCUGAGCCUUCGCAAUUGCUUGGAGUUUGGCUCGGGCAGCGUGUCGUGGUAUGAGAAGAACGACAACCUCACCAGGGGAAAAAUGGCGAGCCUCAUCAGACGUGGUAACAAUGCGUGCACGGCGCUGGCUUUGGCGCUCCAGGAGUGCCACCUUGAGUGGCGCGCACCGCUUCCUCGGUCGAUACAGUCUGAGGCCACUUCCGUCGACACCAAGAAGCGUACAUCCACGGAGCUCGGCUUGCCACCUGCACCCAAGAAUCCCCGCCUGCAGACUGUAUCCAUGGCAAAGGGCGGCAGAAAGUUCUGUAAGGCAUCAGAGCUGAUCCUGACGCUCAGCCGGUGCACAUGGCUGGUGCUCGACCUGUGGGCGGGCAUGAGUGGGCUUUGCGUUGCACUUUUGGGCCUGGGGGUCACAUUUUACGCACUCGCUGCUGAACAGGAUGAGCAAGCACGUCAGGUAAGAGGCAUCUUACUGGGUGGAGGUAUGGCGGACACCCGAGCGUCCCAACCAUCUCAUGUGCGCCGCUUGCUUGACGAGCUACAUGCGAGCCCAGCCUGUGCUGACCUCGAGAUCUUCACGCUCCUCGAGAAUGUCGCUAGCAUGCAGCCCGAAGCCGCGGCACAGCUCUCGAAGUGGGCAGGUGGCCAGCCGUUCCGUUCUGAUGCACAGUUCUGUGGUUGGACCAAGCGCAAUCGUCUGUACUGGCUGUGUUCUAGGACUCAGUCGCUUUCACCAUCGAGCGCUGAGGCACCCAACGAUUGGCAAUGGUUCUCGCAUCAGUCCGGCCCCCCUGAGCUGCGGUAUGUGGGAUCAAAGCCGUUGCCCAAGUCAGUGCAUUGGCUGCAGGGUUAUACACCCAUUACAACCCCGCAGGAGGUGAUGAAGGGCCAUGCACUUCCCUUUUUCACCUUUACUCGGGAGUUCUGGCACCCUCUAGACUCCGCCACUUCCGAGUCACCGGAGUCUUUGGAGCGCUUUCAUCAGGACAACCGCCGCUUUCCGGUCAAGGCUUACAGGGAGUCCUCACUGCUUUGGAAGCGCGAGUCCUGGCGCCAGCCUCUUCCGGAAGAAAGGGCACAGAUGCUGGGAGUACCAACCUCGCUCUUGGAAGCAACAGAGUCUGACGGUGACAGACGGAAACAAGCGCAGAACAGCCGCCUCGGCAACGGUUUCCACAUUUUCACCGUGAUGGUCAUUUUGGCCAUGCUGCCACAACUUUGUCAGUCAAAGUUGCAAGUGUCAUCGCUACAGCCUGAUCAAGAUUUGCGCGAUCGAAUCAGCGGCACGCCUUGGGACCCUUGCAAGCGCGCUGCCUUCCCAGGCCUCUUGGACGCACCGGCUCUUGUGCAAGACAUCCAGGAGCAGCUCAGGGAUUUUCUCGUUGACCGCAGUAGGGGCUACGACUGGUACGAGCUCGGCCCCACUUCGCUUGACAUUGAUGUUCCCCUGCAAGCUCUAUCAGUUUGGCGCGAGCCCUUCAGCCCCUCGAUGAUGCGCUUUGGCCCUUCCGUGUCGAAAGUUCUCGACGCGUGGCCGGAUCGAGCCAUCGCCGCUGCCCUCGUCAAAGGUUUUGAGAUCGUUGGUGACAUCGACUGGCUGCGAACCGAGGCAGCGGAAGCAGUUGAGAACAUCAUUCACUCCCCUCCACCAAAGAUGCACCAAGAGAUUCUUCAGGUCACCUUGGAGGAGAUUGAUAAAGGUUUCUGUUCUCCCCUCAAGUCCAAAGCUGAGCUUGACGCCAUCUUCGGCCAAGGAAAUUGGCGCCCCCUGGAACGUUUUGUUCUCAAUCAGCAGGGCAAGUUGCGCGUGAUUGAUAAUGCACGCAAGACUAAUCACAAUGCACAUGCCUGUCUGCAUGAGACAAUUUGGACAACGAAUGUUGAUUUCGUUCCGGCAGUCAUUAGGCAAGCUUUAUCUUUGCUUGAGUUGCCUCAAGACGUGCCAGAUUGGAUCCGAUUUCGCGUUGGGACUGAGGACUUACCUGACGCAUACCGUGGUCUGCCAGUGUGUCCCGAACACCUUGCAGUGUCAAUUGCAGCUGUUUUCGUCCCACAGGUCGGUUGGCGCUUUACUAUUUUGUGGGGGCUGGCGUACGGGCUGGAAGCCGCAGUCGUGGCCUUCAAUAGGUUCCCUUGCUUGUGCAUCGCCGUUUCACGACGAUGCUGCUCCGCACUUUCUUCGUCAUACUUUGAUGACAUGCUUGCCCUGGAGGCCGUGGCGACAUCCGAUAUUUCACGUCAAGGUGUGCUUGCAGCCUCCACGUGCAUGGGAGCGCCGCCUCAGCCUGCUAAGAGUUUUCCUCCUGCACCUGAUAGGAUUUUCUUAGGGGUCUCGAUUCAUGUGGGCGAUGCCACUUACGACCGCAUGCUCUUCAUGCAGUGCAAGGAGUCUACCAAGCGUAAGGUGUGCUCCAAACUUGAUGCGAUUCUUGAAUCAGGCACCCUUUCACGCGACGAGGCGAGCAAACUUCGCGGAGACAUCCAGUGGAUGUUUUCCGCGUGCGCGGGCAAUGCAGCUCGCUACGCUAGUCCACUGCUGCGUCAGGCUCAGUGCGAGGGUAUUGCCUGCCUCACAGAGGAGGAUCGAGUGGUGCUUACAUGUCUCAGGCAUAUGGUUCGCACUGCCAGGCCACGCGUCAUGGAUGCUGUUGCGCAGGCACCGCCUUUCAUGACGAUUUACACAGAUGCAUCUUUUGAAAAAGGAGAAUUGCGCCUCGGCUGGGUGCUCUUCUUUCCGCCUCCUCAGCAGACUCUAGCCGGUACGUGCUUGGUACCUGAGGCAGUCCUGUCUAUCGAGGAGUUCGCCUUUCCAGAUGCGGGCUUUCGCGGCAAUCUGCAGGCUCUUCUGACUAGCGCUUCGGAAACAGUGGGUGAUUUGCCUUUCUGA